AUGCCGGUGGGUAACCAGUUAAGACAAGAGGCUCAACAAAUCGAACCUCUUCAGGAUAUGUCUCGACGAGAGAUAAUACUACUUGUCACUAGUAAGGAACGGCGUCUUGUCGCACUUCUUCAGCAAACUCCGGCAACAGAAGUCAUCAUUUCUCGUCGUAGAAGGGGAGCACGUUAUCCUGAUAUUGUCGCAAACACUCAAAGUGCAGCUCUCAGAACAAUAAGUUCUCGUUUGAGACAAAUCGCAGAUCUUCGGGCUAUUAAAGAACUGGAGGACCUUUCCAUCAGACAAAUAAUGAAAUACCACAAUAAAAUGUGUUCGAUAAUUCAUCUGUACGAAUUGUACAGAGAAUUUGAGCAUUGGAUGGCUUUUACUUUGCCACGAGACCCGGAAUAUCAACUGCUCAACACGCAUCUUUCCGAACGAGCCGCAGGAUAA